CCUCCCUAUAAAGCGCUUCAUGGAGGCAGCAGCCCAAGCGAAACAGACAGAUUGAAACAAACAGCGACGGGGCGAAAAAGAAAUAGUUUCUUCUCCCUUCCCCAAGAAAAUCGAGGAGAUGGAGACAAGAUCUAUUCGGGUUGCCAACAUCUCAGAUCUAGCGGAAGAGAGGGAGAUCCGGGAGUUCUUCUCCUUUUCCGGCGACAUCGAACACAUCGAGAUCCGAGGAAAUGUCGGCAGCGGGAGGAUCGCGUUUGUUACAUUUAAGGAUCCAAAAGCACUUGAGAUUGCUUUAUUGCUAUCGGGGGCUACUAUAGUUGACCAGAUAGUAAGUAUAACUCCUGCUGAGGAUUACAUUACAAGAAGUGAAGAGCAAGUUAUGGCAGACAAUGUGACAAUUGAGGCUCCUGUCAGUAUCUAUUCUCCAACUGUUGAGGGUAAAAGUAGUCCUGGUGAUGGACAGGUUCAUGUCAGUAAAGCUCAUGAUGUUGUAGCAGCAAUGAUAGCAAAGGGUUCAGCAUUUAGACAAGAUGCUAUCAGUAAAGCUAAAGCAUUUGAUGAGAAGCAUCAGCUGAUGGCCAAAGCAUCAGCAAAAGUUAGUUCUUUUGAUAAACGGGUUGGCUUUAAAGAAAAAAUAACAGUUGGAAUUUCUGUUGUGAAUGAGAAGGUGAAAUCAGUGGAUCAAAAGCUACAUGUGUCUAAUAAGACGAUGGCUGCCCUUACAGUAGCAGAGCAAAAGCUGAAUGAUACGGGCACAGCUGUCAAGACAAACAGGUAUGUAACUGCUGGAACAGCGUGGUUCCAUGGAGCCUUUGGCAAGAUGGCAAAAGCUGGUCAUGUUGCAAGGACAAAAACACGAGAGAAGUUCCAAUUAGCAGUGACAAAUUUAACGGCCAAGGAUCCAGUUGUAGCUGCAUAAACCAGUUCAUUUUAGGUGGUUCAGAUCAGUUCACUACAAGGAACAGCAAAGCAGUCAGCUGAUUAUGCUAUGACAGCCAUACCUAGAAGCAUGUUGGCACAAGAUUGAUGCUAUUUUUUUGCGGAUCAUCUCAUAGCAUCGAUGGUGUAUUUUUCUUUCUUUCUCAAUCCUUUUUCUUAAAUUUUAAUUCACUAUAUACAGCGUGCUCCUAUCACCAGGUUUUGAGUGAUAAGUUGCUUGCCGCUUGUCUGCUAAGAGAGAUGUAAUUUUUGUACGGCACAAAAUUUGUGGAAGCAUUUUGUUGCAUGAUUACCGGUUAUUUAUCA